GAGGCUCUUCAAGCCGCCGGACUGCCAGUACGUACCUGCGAUGGUGGAACUCGUUUCGAUGGGAACAAGAGGCUGGCUGUUGUGGGCGAUGCCGCGAUGAAAACGGUUCAUGUGAUGCAUUGGCAUAGCGGAAAUGAAACUAGAGGUAGAGUGUUUAUGAACCUAAGGUCGAACAAGAAUCUCGAUCGCGUUGGUACCAUGAUCCACCUGGGUAAUCACAUCAACAAGAACCCCUCUCAAGGGAAUUCCGUUCCGCCCACUACGAUGGCCGAUACGGUUGAAGCGAUCCUUGGUGUUGUUUUGAAGGACAGCGAUCUUGAUCAUGUUGCGCUGGUCAUGCGCAACAUAGGUCUCAUGUCCUGA